AUGAAAAGAAAUCGAAGAGUGGGGAAUUGUAAUAAGUAUCAAAUAAUUAAAUAAGUUAUCAGUUUUUUUCAGUACCUAAUCAGUGUAUGUAGAGAAAUAAAUCAUGGUAAGUAAUAUAUUUAUCAAUAAUACUUUCUGCUCUUAAGAGACGAAAAUAGCUAAAGUAGUAAAAAUUAGCAUUUAUAACUGAGAAAAAUCAACAUAAUAUAUAAGAAAUUUUACUUAAAAAAUAUUAAAGAAUAAAAGAAAAACCAAAAUAAAAUCAAAAGAAGCAAACACCUAUCUAUUUUUAAUCAAUUAAUUUACAAAUCAAGUAUCAUAAAUUUAUUAAUAAAUUAAUUAUUUAAGAUAUUCUUCAUACAUAGUUUACAGUAUUAUGAUUACUUACUUAUUUACCCUUGA